AUGGAUAGCGCCUACGUCUGCUUCAUCACCUUCCUUGUCCCUGUCACAUUAUGCACGGUUAUUUAUGUCCGGUACUGGCUUCAUAAACAACCACAAUUGUCUGAGGAGGAACAACAGCAGGCCUUAGACGACCAGGCCGAUUUCGAUCGACGGCACAUAUAUUAUGGCAACACUCUGAGAUCCCGGCCAGUCCAACUUUCACCACGAGUACCAUCACAACCGGCCCAAGCGGCCCAAGCGGCCCAAGCGGCCCAAGCGGCCCAAGCGGCCCAAGCGGCCCAAGCUGCCCAACCAGCCCAGCCAGCCCAGCCGGCCGAAGCAGCUCCACGGCCCGCUCUCAGGAGCCUUUCUCCAGCUCACCUGGAGCCAGAUCAUUCCGCAGCAUACGGCAUGUCUCCCCAACAGCAUUCGCGGCAGCCGGCGCCGCCAUACAGCGGGUUUUCUCCCUCCGACAUGCCGGUCUUGCCACCAUACACGGCAAAGGGAGACCGAUUGUCGGCAGAACCGAUUGUUAUGGGACAGGCGUCCAGUGCAAACUCUGCUGCCAGCCAGGCAUCUGAACCUACGUCUGCGUCUCCGUCUCCACCUGCGGCUGGUGCUGCGGCUGCGGCUGCAUCUGCAUCUACGUCUGACGCCGAGGCUACGGGCAGCAUGCCGCAGUUCUUGGCGCAACCGCAGCCGGCACGUAUUAGCGGGAAACGGCCGUAA